AUGGCAUUCGAAAGGCAAUUAUCAUUUAACUUGAUGUGUUUCCAUGAAGAUUUAGAAACUUACUGCGGGAAAAUUUCUCUUCCAUCUCCAAUUAACCGAUGGCUAAAGACUGAUGCAAAAGGAAAUUUUCUUCCUAAAGUUCUUGGAGUAUCUGAUUUCAUGAUCAGCUUAGUUACUAAAGUUUUUAAAUCAGAAUUUGAAAUCUUCAAAAUAGAUAAGAUUUGGGCAGAGCUUAGAAGUUUCUGCCUUCAAAUUUCUCCUGUUUUCAAGUCCAGGAAAAGUUUUCUUUGUCUGGAAUUUGGGGAUGAUUAA